CCGGGGUCACGGCGGGCUCGGCGCGGGAGGAAUUUGGGGUGUCCCUGCCCAGUGGCCACGGCAGGGCGAGCAGCAGGAGGCCGUGCCGGUGGCCCGGUGCCUCCUUCCUGCGGCGAGCUUUAGGACCCGGCGCCGUGACAAGUCUGGAGCGGCACUGGCGCAGAGCGGCUCCAUCGGCAGCGCCGGAAUUCUCCGUAUCCCUCCCUCGGAGCAUCCUCGCCCGGAAAAGGGCUUCCCCUCCCUCUCGUACCGCCCGGCGAGAGCCUCGGGGGGAAAGGGGGGGAUGCUGGGAUCGGCCGGGACGCCGGGAAGCGCCGCUGGAUGCUGCCGGCAGUGAGCUGGGAGAGCUGCUGGCUGCGAAUCGGGGAUCUCUGGAGCGCGGCAGCAUGGCCCAGGGCAGGAGACACGCGUCCGGCCGGGCCUCCAGCACGGCCAGGAUGAGCGCUGACGGCGGCAGCAAGCCCCUCAAGGUGGGCUCCCGCGUGGAGGUCAUCGGCAAGGGCCACCGCGGCACCGUGGCCUACGUGGGGGCCACCCUGUUCGCCACCGGCAAAUGGGUCGGGGUCAUCCUGGACGAGGCCAAGGGCAAGAACGACGGCACGGUGCAGGGCAGGAAAUACUUCACCUGCGAGGAGAACCACGGCAUCUUCGUGCGGCAGUCCCAGAUCCAGGUGUUUGAGGAUGGAGCAGACACAACAUCCCCAGAAACCCCGGAAUCUGCUGCCAUGAAGGUCCCUAAGAGAGAUUCCCUUGAUGCCACCAAGGCCAGCAAACUGCGCGGAGCGAAGCCCAAAAAGGCCCCGGCCACACGCAAGAGCACCGCCCGCCGGCCCAAGCCCACCCGGACCCCCACGUCAUCGGCGUCCGGCGGCACGGCCGGGCCCUCGGGCUCGGCCUCGGCGUCCGGCGGGGAGAUGAGCAGCAGCGAGCCCGGCACGCCCGCCCAGACCCCGCUGGUGGCCCCCGUCAUCCCCACGCCCUCCCUGGGCUCCCCGGGGGCGCCGCCGCUCCCCUCGCCCACCAAGGAGGAAGAGAAUCUCCGUGCUCAGGUCAGGGACCUUGAGGAGAAGCUGGAGACGCUGAAAAUCAAGCGGAAUGAGGACAAGGCGAAGCUCAAGGAGCUGGAGAAGUACAAGAUCCAGCUGGAGCAGGUGCAGGAAUGGAAGAGCAAAAUGCAGGAGCAGCAGGCUGAGCUCCAGAAGCGCCUGAAGGAGGCCAAGAAGGAAGCCAAGGAUGCCCUGGAAGCCAAGGAGAGGUACAUGGAGGAGAUGGCGGACACGGCCGACGCCAUCGAGAUGGCCACGCUGGACAAGGAGAUGGCCGAGGAGCGGGCGGAGUCCCUGCAGCAGGAGGUGGAUUCCCUCAAGGAGAAGGUGGAAUACCUCACCAUGGACCUGGAGAUACUCAAGCACGAGAUCGAGGAGAAAGGCUCUGACGGAGCAGCAUCCAGCUACCAGGUCAAACAGCUGGAGGAGCAGAACGCCAGGCUGAAGGAGGCUCUUGUCAGGAUGCGGGAUUUGUCCGCCUCGGAGAAGCAGGAGCACGUGAAGCUCCAGAAGCAGAUGGAGAAGAAGAACACGGAGCUGGAGUCGCUGCGGCAGCAGCGGGAGAAGCUGCAGGAGGAGGUGAAGCAGGCGGAGAAGACGGUGGAUGAGCUCAAGGAGCAGGUGGACGCAGCGCUGGGAGCUGAGGAGAUGGUGGAGACUCUGACCGAGAGAAACCUGGAUCUGGAGGAGAAGGUCCGCGAGCUGCGUGAGACCGUCGGGGACCUGGAAGCCAUGAACGAGAUGAACGACGAGCUGCAGGAGAACGCCCGCGAGACGGAGCUGGAGCUGCGCGAGCAGCUGGACAUGGCCACGGCGCGCGUGCGCCAGGCCGAGAAGCGCGUGGAGGCCGCGCAGGAGACCGUGGCCGACUACCAGCAGACCAUCAAAAAGUACCGGGAGCUGACGGCCCACCUGCAGGACGUGAACAGGGAGCUGAUGAGCCAGCAGGAAGCGUCGGCCGAGAGGCAGCAGCAGCCUCCCCCUGAGAUGUUCGACUUCAAGAUCAAAUUCGCAGAGACGAAAGCCCACGCCAAGGCCAUCGAGAUGGAGCUGCGGCAGAUGGAAGUGCAGCAGGCCAACCGCCACGUGUCCCUCCUCACCUCCUUCAUGCCCGACAGCUUCCUGCGCCACGGCGGCGACCACGACUGCGUCCUGGUGCUGCUGCUCAUCCCACGCCUCAUCUGCAAGGCCGAGCUGAUCAGCAAACAGGCGCAGGAGAGGUUCGAGCUGAGCGAGAGCUGCGCCGAGCGCGCGGGGCUGCGAGGAGCGCCCGGGGAGCAGCUCAGCUUCGCCGCCGGCCUCGUCUACUCCCUGAGCCUGCUCCAGGCCACGCUGCACAAAUACGAGCAGGCCCUGAACCGCUGCAGUGUGGAGGUGUACAAGAAGGUGGGCACCCUGUACCCCGAGAUGAGCGUCCACGAGCGCUCCCUGGACUUCCUGAUCGAGCUGCUCCACAAGGACCAGCUGGACGAGACCGUCAACGUGGAGCCGCUCACCAAAGCCAUCAAGUACUACCAGCACCUGUACAGCAUCCACCUGGCCGACCAGGCUGAGGACUGCACCCUGCAGCUGGCCGACCACAUCAAGUUCACCCAGAGUGCCUUGGACUGCAUGGGGGUGGAGGUGUGCCGGCUGCGGGCCUUCCUCCAGGCCGGGCAGGAGGCUGCCGACCUGGCCAUCCUGCUCAAGGACCUGGAGACGUCCUGCAGCGACAUCCGCCAGUUCUGCAAGAAGAUCCGGCGCCGCAUGCCGGGCACGGACGCGCCGGGAAUUCCCGCGGCCCUGGGCUUCGGAGCGCAGGUGUCGGAGACGCUGCUGGAAUGCCGGAAGCACCUGACGUGGGUGGUGGCCGUGCUGCAGGAGGUGGCGGCGGCCGGGGCGCAGCUGAUCGCGCCGCUGGCCGAGAACGAGGGGCUGCCGGCCCCGCGCCUCGAGGAGCUGGCCUUCAAAGUCAGCGAGCAGAUUUACGGCUCCCAGGGCAUCAAUCCCUACGAGUGCCUGCGCCAGUCCUGCAGCAUCCUCAUGGCCACCAUGAACAAGAUGGCCACGGCCAUGCAGGAGGGCGAGUACGACGCCGACCGCCCGCAGAGCAAGCCCACGCCGCCAGCGGAGCUCCGGGCGGCCGCGCUCCGGGCGGAGAUCACGGAUGCCGAGGGGCUGGGGCUGAAGCUGGAGGACAGGGAGACGGUCAUCAAGGAGCUGAAGAAGUCCCUCAAGAUCAAGGGCGAGGAGCUCAGCGAGGCCAACGUGCGGCUCAGCCUGCUGGAGAAGAAGCUGGACAGCGCGUCCAAGGACGCGGAUGACCGCGUGGAGAAGAUCCAGACCAAGCUGGAUGAGACCCAGACGCUGCUCAAGAAGAAGGAGAAGGAGUUUGAGGAGACCAUGGACGCUCUCCAGGCUGACAUUGACCAGCUGGAGUCGGAGAAGGUGGAGCUGAAGCAACGCCUCAACAACCAGUCCAAGAGGACGAUUGAGGGGCUGCGGGGAGCCCCAGCCUCGGGCGUGGCCUCCAUCGUGUCCGGCAUCGCCGGAGAGGAACAGCAGCGAGGUGUCGGCGCCGGGCAGGUGCCGGGAGGCGGCUCCGGACCCGUCCAGGUGAAGGAUUCACCCCUCCUGCUCCAGCAGAUCGACGCCCUGCAGCUCUCCCUGAAACACCUCAAGAACGAGAACAACCUGCUCAAGGGCGCCCGGAUGAAGAUGGAGCUGGCCAGCCUGGCGCCGCUGCAGGUGCCGCGGGUGGCCGUGGCCCGCGACCGGCCGGGCGAGGGGCUGCCCACGCAGAGCCUCUACCGCCAGACCACGCAGCUCCUGGAGACCCUCUACCAGCUCAGCGCCAACGCCAAGGUGGUGGACAUGAGGCAGAGCAAAUCCCCGAGGAGCUCGUCGGCGCGGCUGCUGGAGCAGACAGCCCGGCUCUGCGCCCUCAAGAACUCCAUCGACGCCCUGAAGGACGACACGCUGAGGGAGAUGGUCCAGCAGCAGCCGGGCGCCGGCGUCUCCACUACCUUCGGCACCUUCCCGUCCUCUUCCUUCCUGAAGGCCAAGCAGGAGCAGGCGCAGGGCCCGGCGCUGUGCGGGCGGGUGACGAUCCCGUGCGCCCCGGGGCACGGCCAGGCGCACCGGGUGCUGCUCACCCCCGACCUGCUCCAGCACCUCCGCCAGCACUUCGUCGCCUGAGCCGACCCCCCGAGGGACCCCAACCCCGCCGUCCCCACCCUUGGGAAUCUCCGCUUCCCCCCGCUAUCCCGGCCCCGCUCGCGGGUGGGAGCCGGAGCCGCUUCCCCACGGGGGGAUCCGGAACCAUCCCCGCGCUGCUCUCGGACACUACAGCCCCCACCGUGCUCCUGGCAUCCAAUAAACGCUCCCUGGAUGUGC